ACAAUAAGAAAAAACCCAAAACAUCCCAAUACCAAAAAACCAUAGUAGGAGGACAUCAAAAACAAAAGAAAACGCAACAGCCAACAGGGUUUUGAUUAGCUUAGCUAUAAAGCUCUACACAUUAUAUAUCCCUCUCUCUCUCUCUCAUCGAUCCUUGUGUUUCUUUUUCCUUGCAUCAAUUUGUUCAAUGGUGAAAUCACAAUCUUUGCGAAAUACUGAUCAUCCUGAGAAGGCGUUGACGGAGUCAGACUUGGCCGCUGUACAGCAGCUGAUGCAGCUUAGUGAUGAAGAUAACACCAAUAGCAGAAGCAGCGGCCACAACAAGAACAAGAAAUUUCAGCAGGAUGGCGAUGAGGUGGUUGAUCAAAUCAAAGUGAUCACUUGGGAAAAGAUUGAAGAGAUUUUUGGGAAAGAAGAUAUCGAUCGGCCUAAGAAGCGGAGGUACCGGUCUCUUGCUGAUAUUUAUUUGACCACGAAACCAGUGAAUGCAAGAUCAUAUGAGAAGAAGGUGAGGGCAACUUUCUAAAUUAAAUAAUAGGAAAAACCCAAACGCACAGGCGGACCAGGAUUUUAGCUAGCAAGCAUAAUAUCUUAGUUGUUAAGUAAUUAGUUGAGUAGAUUGAGUUUCUGUUAAUUCCUUUUUGUAGAGGUAGAGGUUGGGUUUUUUCCUUCCAUAACGAAGACAAUAAUUUUUCUAUAUAUAAAUAGUGUUUUUCUUCA